AUGGGGCUGCUGCCCCUGCUGGCGACAACCGCCGCCGCGGACGCGCGGCGGCCGCUGCGCGUGCUCGCCUACGGCUCGAGCCCGCUCACGGGCCUCGGCUGCGACCGGCCCGACGUCGACGCCUGCGACUUGGGCGACUGGACCUAUACGGUCCACGACGGCAUCGAGCAGACGCUCGGGUCCGCGGCCGUCGUCGACAUGGUGAGCCACCUGCACUGGACGGCGCGGCGCAUGUGCGACCACUUUUUGGACCGGCGCAACGCCGCGGCGCUCUUCGACGCGGGCACGUUCGUCUCCGCGGAGUCGCCGCAGCUCCGCGUCGGUCUAGGAUCGACGCUCGCGGCGAUGCGCGACGCGGGCGACCCCGUCGACGUCGUCGUCAUCUUCGCGGGCCACGAGGACCUGCGGGGCGGCGCGACGCCCGAGGACGUCGGCGCGGACGUCGUGCAACUGCACGCGCACGCGCAGGCGCUCGGCGUCUCGACCGUCGCGGCGGCGAUCCCCUACGUGGGCGCGGACCCCUACUUCUUCGACUUCCGGAAGCGGGUCCACGACGUCGUGCGCCGGUACUGCGAGGGCCCCCUGGUCACGCCGGGGAGCGUCGCCCUCUUCAGCGAGUGGCACGUCGGGCCCCAGGAGACCUUGUUCUUCACGGACCCGGAGGGCGCCUUUUUGGGCGCGCCGCCCGCGUUCUACGUCUCUUCCGGCGCGGAGCUCGGGCUGCGCGUGCUCGACGCCGCGAAGCUGCGGAACUCGACGCGCUACCGGUCGCGGGGCGCGCCGCCGCUCAAGAUCGGCCACGUGAACUACGACGAGGCCAAGGACUGGAGCGGGCGCCACCACGAGGACAUCGAGAUGCAGGAGAUCCGGGUCCAGGGCUGGGAGCCGCGGCAGAUGGCGCUGCGCGUCAUCGACGAGGCCAACGGCCUCGGCGCCGAGGACUGCGGCUGGGACCAGGCCUGCCUCGUGGACCAAAUAGUCAACGCGAUCACGACGGAUCUGGACAUGGACGUGCACAACGAGCUCCACGACUACCAGCUGUUCCUGGCCAAGGACGACGCCGGCGCGCCCGUGGCCGACGCGCCGCUCGUCGUCUGCUGCUCGUCCUUCGGGGGCGUGCUCAACUACGAGUUCAAGGGCAUGAUGAAGCGGACGUUCGGCGAGACGGUGCACGCGCUCUACGUGCGCGACGUCACGAAGCGGUUCUACCUGGGCGGCGUGCGCGGUUUAGGCGGCGACCCGGGGACGACGGCGCGGGCCAUCGCGACGCUCCUGGGGCAGCAGGGGCUCGCGCCGUCGGCGGUGUUGUGCGUGGGCGACUCCAUGGGCGGCACGGGCGCGCUGUUGCUGGGCGCCCACCUGCGGGCGUCGGCCGUCGUCGUGACGAACCCCUUCGUCGUGCUCGCCGAGGACGACUUCGAGUUCCCGGCGAACCUGGACCUCCGGGAGCUCUGGCGGUCCGUCGGCGACGCGGGCUGCGGGACGCGCGCGACGGUCUUCCACGCGCUCAAGUGCUCGCAACAGUCCAAACUCCACAACAUCUCGGGCAAGUCGCCGCCGGGCGUCUGCCGCGACGACCACCAGGCCCAGCUCCUCGCGCGCGCGUCGCCGUGCGUGGACCUCGCGCCCGUGGACGUCGACGUGGGCCACCACGGCUUCGCGAGAAUGCUCCGGGACCAGGGCGACCUCAGCGCGGCCUUCGCGCGGGCCAUCGACGGCGCGGCGCCCUGGGCGUCGCCCUGGGGCAGCUGA